UUUAGGCCUUCAUACUGCAUCUCAUAUACACACAAAAUGAUUUCACAAUCACAAGUAAGAGUAAUAUUUGCUACGUUCUCGCGUAUGUCAAUAAAAUAUACUGAUAUUACAUCCAGGUGGUUCAAGAAAUUGAACCUCAAAUUGCCUGUCAGUCAAUCAUGUUGCUUGUGAAUUUAGAAAGCUCCACGUCUUGCACACACACACACUAGUGUUUUAGCCUAGACAACACACAUGCAGUAUUUUGGGGGUGUGGCUUUGGAGGGAACGCUGAAAAGAGGAACUGUAUUUGUUUGAAAUUCGAUUUUUCAAAAGAGCACAGAUAACUUAUAACUGACUACACCUUUAAUUUUGAAUAACGGCCUUAACGGUACUUCAGUCCUCAUGCUUGCUAGAAAAACCUGCCGAGUGACUGAGACACCAGCUCUCCGUAAUACUACUACUAGUAACGAGAGCCAUUUUAGGGAUUGAGCGUCUAAUCAAAAGUACAGUAUUGGACUGAGAGAUCACCAGAAGUGCUUCUGUCCUGACUAAAGGAAUCAGCCUUAAAUGGUCACACACUCUCAGUUGUUAACACAACACACACCGCACAUAAACAUAGUGUAACGUAUUCUCUGCUGCUCGGGGCAGUAGUGACGGUUGAAGCUUGUACCAUGCUCGUUUGCCAAGUAUGUCAUUUCUGUUGGAUACAGUGUGUACAAACACAAAGUGUACUCCACUCACAAUUUUCCUGAGGUAUCUCUCUCUCUCUCUCUCUCUCUCUCUCUGUGGCAUCAGGAAAUAACCUUAUUACAGUUAAUCCCACAGCGCUGUUGAAUUCUCGAUGCAGAUUGGUCAGAAGCUGUCGAUUCAUUUUCUGUAACAGUCUCUGACAGUAGUGCCGGCUGUAAUUCACAGGUUUAUAUUAGUGCACUGUGGUUUCUAUAGUAACGGCUCAUUCACAGGGACUUGUGUAUGUGUGUAAUCGUUGAUAUGGUGGUCUUUUGACGAGGAGAUGUUUACCUAAUAUUUUUGGAAGGAGUCUCCAGCGUCAACGCUUUGUAACAGUCAAAGAGAGCCAAACCCGAGAUGGCAGCCUGCUCCAGGCUCCAAGGCAGCCAUGUUGGUGAAAGUGAACGGCAGUGGCAGGAACCAGCACAUCACCCCUGCUAGCCCCCGCCCCCUUCUUCAUUUGAGCCUGUCCACCAACAACACCCCCUCUCCUAACCCCACAUACCCCAACAGGACUGCCUCCUUUGGCAAGAUGGACCCCAAACAGUCCUUUCAUCUCCUCAAGAAGGCCGACAGUGGCAACUUCAGCAUGGUGAUGCCCAGCUCUGGUGCCCCCUCAUCUACAAAUGUUCUCCGUCCUUCUUCUCCUCAGUACGCAGCCACGCCCCCUGUGCCAAUCUACGAUGAGCCUCCAGCUUCAGAUCCACCCAUUUAUGAUGAACCACCAGCUGACAUGGAAGUGGAAGGGGCAGACUACUUGACCCAUGACGCCUAUAGACCUACGCACAGCAUGCCGCGAUUGACUCCACCCCCUAAACUUCUCCAGUUCCCCCAGGCCAAGCACAAGCGCCAUCCCUCGGCUGGGGAGUACAGCGCGGCUGGGCGCGAAUGCAUCAAGCACAUGGUGAAUGUGGACCUCCAGCCAGGAGAGAGCCCAAAAGAGGAGCUUUCCAUGGAGAAGAAGCAGCCGUGGCACAGCCGUCAGAGCAGCCUGGCAUCUCAGGAGUAUCCCCCACCCUCCACCGUCACCUACCAGGACUCAGGCUACUCGACGGGGCCCUCGCCGAGUCUGCGCAGGAAGAACCGCAGAAGGGCAGUGCCAGGGCAUGGAAGUGGCAGCGAGCUCAAUGACAAGCUGAUGGCCGAGAUGAAGGUGGCUUUAAUGAGCUCAGAAGGUUCACUGAAGAGCAAGACACUGCCUGGUCCAGUUUCAGGCUCAGGGGAGGAUGUGAUGGGCAGCGAGCGUUCACUGUACAGCAGACACGGAGAUGCAGCGCUGACAUCAACCGAGGGGUUAGCAGGGGGGCAGAAGAGGACAUACGAGAAGGUGGACUCACUGGAGAAGAGUGAAGCAUCUCACACAAGCCUGUCGUCUCCGGAGCCCCCCGCAUCACCCUCACAGGCAGGAACACUGGAAUCCAAAAGCCAGCCUGAUUUCCGCUCCCAACACGGAAAAGACCAUGAUGAUCACGUAACAGUUCACGGCACCACUUCUGUCUCCUCACUGCCCGCCCUCCAGGUGCAUACCCCCGCCCCUGGUCCCACCUACCAGUACCCCUACUCUACCCUAUGCAAACCUCCCAUUGAUGUGGAUAUGGAAGCAUGGGCUACCAAGAACCUGAACCAGCACACACGAGGCCUGCUGCGCCGACGCGUCUCCAUCGCCACCAUGCUGUCAUGGAGCAGUGCUUCCAUCAGGAAGCCUAUGCUGAUCACGAGCGACCGCGCCAUCAAAAAAGAAGCAUGUGACAUGUUCAAGCUGGUCCAAACAUACAUGGGUGAUCGGCAAGUGACACGCCUUGACCGGCGCCAUGUUGCCCUUCACAUAGUGACCAAGUGUUGGAGCAUGCAGGGCCUGAGGGACGAGCUGUAUGUCCAGCUGAUCCGGCAGACCACGGACAACCUGAACCUCAGCAGCCUCUGUGCAGGCUGGGAGCUCAUGGCUAUCAGCCUGGCCUUCUUCUCUCCAUCCCCCAAGUUCAGACGCUAUCUUGAGGGUUACAUUCAGAGACACCUGGAGCCCAGUAAUGACAAGAAGAUAUUACAGAGGAUUGUGGAACAACAGGACAUAAAGAACAAGAAGAACUCGAAGUCCAGGAAGAAGAGGAAACAGAACAAUGAAGAAGAGGAAGAACAGGGUACACGUCUGCCAAUCAGCACUUACGCCAAAUACUGCUACCGCAAGCUGCAGAAAGUUGCUGUGACUGGGGGUAAAAAGGGUCUGAGGAAACCUACCCUGGAUGAGAUUGAUCACGGGAGGAACGCCAUAGUGACGCCCUCGCUGUUCGGAAGCGCUCUGGAGGAGAUCAUGGAGCGGCAGAGCCAGCUGUUUCCUCACAGGAGGCUGCCCUGGGUGCAGGUGCAGCUUUCUCAGUGUGUUCUGGCACUCGGUGGAGCCCAGACCGAGGGGAUUUUCAGAGUCCCAGGAGACAUAGAUGAAGUGAAUGCCCUCAAAUUACAGGUGGACCAGUGGAAAAUUCCAGAAAACCUCUCUGACCCUAACGUACCUGCGUCACUGUUAAAGCUGUGGUACAGGGAGUUGGAGGAGCCUGUGAUUCCACAGAGUUUCUAUAUGCAGUGUAUCAGUCACUAUGAGGAUGCUGAGGCAGCCAUCAGCGUAGUGCAGGCUUUACCAGAGCUUAACAGACUGGUACUGUGUUACUUCAUCCAUUUCUUACAGGUUUUUGCACAGCCAGUGAAUGUAAGUAAGACUAAGAUGGAUGUGAACAAUCUGGCCAUGGUGAUGGCGCCCAACUGCCUGCGCUGCCAGUCAGACGACCCCCGCGUCAUAUUCGAGAACACGCGCAAAGAAAUGUCCUUUCUCCGCAUACUCAUCGUGCAUCUGGACACCAGCUUCAUCAAGGACCUAGCGUGACCUUUCAGCCAUGACAUCGUUCCCCCCCCCUGCUCAUCCGUGCACCCAUGGGUGCUUCUUUCUUUUUCGUGGUUUAUACCUAUAGCAUUGUUGCCUAUUAACAGUCACGCUGUUUGGCCAUGUCAAUGCUUUAUAACUCUGGAAAAAAAAAAGAAUAAAAAAAGACAUGUUGAUGUCUUGAGGAAAGCGAUGGAUAACCUUGAUUGCUUAUUAAACUUCUUAGCUAAAACCUCCAAAUACGAAUCACUAGCAAGUGACUCACUGAUUCACUGAAUACCAGCAUUCACUGGAGGUUUUCGCCUGUUUGACCUGAAUCGACUCGGAAUAAUUUUGAGUGAAUCCUCAUCAGAAAUGCAGAUGCCUUGUAGCAGACGCCACUGUAAAGACUGAAUCGAUUCGGAAGUACAUCUUUUUCACUGGUGGACACUCCAGCAUAUCUGCAGCAGUCAGACUGUUAACAUAUGAAACCAAAUGUGCAGGGAUCUAUGGCUCUUUGUAUUAUUACUAAUAACUCUGUUCUUUCACUAAGUUGGGGUUGGACACUUUUGGACAAUUGUUAUCUUUUUUCUCUGCUAGAUUGUCUGAGCACUGAGCCUCAGUUCCUCAGUGGAUUUGUCUAAUUUAAUGUGGUUUGAGUGUGUUGGAUAUUUAAUGGAUACUAAUCUCUAUGCUAUGGAGUGUAUGAGCCUGUCUUUUGGUCUUAGAUGGUCUGCAAACUUUAAAAAAAAAAAAAAUCUGUCUCAUGUUGUGUGUAUGCACUGCUCAUGUUGACGUGUGUCUGAAAGAAAGAUCUGCUGGCUCCGUUAUGGCCUGCUGACUCUAAACCUGGUGCCUGUAGUCAACUGUGUGUGUGUGUGUGUGUGUGUGUGUGUGUGUGUGAGAUGAUGGCUUUCUGAAAGGUCAUCCUUCUGUAAUCAAAAGCUCAAGGCAUGGAAGGUGCUUCGAAACAAACUCCCCUUUAUCUCAUCUCCUCCUGAGAAAUGAUGCGUUUGAUGUAGGGCAUGCUAUUUUUAUCCAUCAUGUGUGUCAGCAGAAAAGCGCGCAGGACUAUUCACCGCAUACGAGCAAUCGAGAUCGUACAGUUAGACAAUAUACAGUAUUUAGCUCUGGAAUUUGGGAGACCAUUUACAGUCUUGACUCCAUGUCUAGUAGUAGUGAUUCAAGGCAACUGGACUUGUGCUGAAAACAUUUUGUCACUCAUGCAUGGGCUUUCAUCAGUUUUCAAACCCACAUGUCUUGAAGAUUAAAACACAACUCAAUCCGCGAAUGACGUGGAUGACUGCAAAACUUCACGAACAUAUUUUUACUUUGUUAUUUUCCAUAAGACGGGGCAAUUUCAUAUCUCAGAUGUGUGGUUAAGGACAUAGCCAGGACCCAGGCUGUAGUAUAUUUAGCUUUGUGGUCAGACUUUGGGGUUUAGCACCCAGCAUGGGAGCGUUUUGGCUCUUGAUUUUGGAACGAGACAGUUUUUGACCGCAUGUGUUUGCACACACAGCACACCCUGACUUCUGUUUUCGUCAAGAUGUAGGCCCAAAAAUAAGACGGUUCCAUCAGGCAGAAACAGUCAUGCAUGAUUAGCUGCUUGUUAAAACCCCUUGCUGACAUUUCCACAAAAUCCGUCUGGGUCCUGCUGCUCCACGCUGCCUGUCAGCACACAUUACAGACGUCCCGAAUCAUUGUGUCCGUGACUCGGGGGGGAGCUAGGAGGAUACCUUGUGCCAUAGCAGAUGCACUUCAGUGCAUUUCUUCUCAUCGCCCAUGUCAGUCAACGCAAAACAAGCAACCUGGUAAGGAACCAGUAAACAAGCAACCUGAUUGGAAAAUACAGUACAGAAUACAGUAAUCCAGCUGACUGCUCUUGUAGUUCCACUUGAUAAAGUUUGUUUAGAUUCAAGAAUCUUCUCACAUGACUAAACAGCAGGUCCGUGUCACUGACGUUUCUCUGUUAUUCUGUAAAUAUGACUGUAUGUCUCACCUUAUAUGUUUACCUAAUUUAUCCCUUUUCAAUCAAACAUUACUACAUCCAUGAGGCUAUACUUACUUUACAUCUUUUCAGUCAGUUCAGAGUUCUGUCAUAUAUCUUUUUUUUUUUUUUUUUAAAUAUAAUCCUUUUUUUUUCAUGAUUGUGUUGAAUAGUGAACAGAACUGUAGCAGAAUACAGCCACACAAAACCCGUGUGUGUUGUUGACCUCCACUAUGCUCCUGUAUUGCACUUACCCAUGUGUCCUCCUUCUCUGCGGCUCUCUGUGAUCCUUGCAGGGACUAACGAACUCCGACUCGAAUUGUAAAUAUUAUUUUUGCCGUGACCUCUGAUGGGCCAGCUACAAAAAGAAAGAUGGAUGGCAAGCAUUUCAUUUCCAUCGUUUCAGAAAGAAAGAAUAAAGAUGGUAAAUUUGCAAAA